UUCCCGCGUUGUCGCAUGCGGUGCCGCGAGUGGUUGGAAGAAUGCUGCUCGGGCACGGCGCUGUUCCUGUGCAAUGGGAUCGACCUGUCGUGCGGGGUUGCGCUAGUGGCGUACGGAUCCUACCUUGGUUUGAACCACUUUGCGCCGGAAUGGCUGUUUGCCCCGCUUCUCGCACUAGGUGGACUCCUUGUCAUCACUGCACUCAUGAGCUGGUGCGGGUCGGCCUGUCGGUCAUGCACGCCACUUCUCCUCCUUUCGUCAUGGCUCCUCGUUCUCGUGGCGCUGUUUGAGCUUGUGUUGGCGAUCGUGAUCCUCACACAAGGAAGUGCGAUCGAGCGGUUCCUCCAGGACCACCAAGUUGAGCUGCACAUCACUGACGACGAACUCCGGCUCCUGAAAACGCACAAGUUCAUCCCUGCGUACGUCCUCAUAGGGUUGUUCGUGAUGGAAGUGUUUCGGUACUGCUGCAGCUCGUUCCUCCGACGUUCCCGCCACGAGAACAAGUACGCUUACAUGAAUCUAAAGAACCUCAAAGACAUGGAAGCUGAGCUCGUUCGGGACAGCCGCAAGCAAGACCUGUCGUCCAAGUACGAGAACCUCAAGGGCCACUAUAAGGCCAAAUACUCGCAGCCCCUCGUGGCCGACUAGUGGCCUCUACGCGCUUCAUGUGUAGCGUUGCGCUGCCUGUCCUUCAAUACGUUCUAACUUGUUACGUGACUCCUGCGACCGUACCAUACACAGCAAAAUUGCACCUGGGCAACGCUGUUUCACACUUUGUGGGCGAC